AUGUCCACACGUCGUCAAAGGUGUUGCAUUUGGCUAAUGGCCCCAACGUAUCUGAAUCACAAUUUGAAUCUGGAUCUGAAUUGGAAUUUGAAUCCUGUUCGCAAUAUGCAGUUUCGUAACCGCCACUGGCACCACAUUACCUCCACGCCACAUUGCAUUGCCUCAUCUGGUAUGCAUAAUUGUGAAUUAAUCCUGCUCGUCGCCAGCGCUGCCUGCAUCCUGGCCGCACCUGCUCCCGCCGCCGAGGAGCAGCAGCAGCAGCAGCAGGAGUCUUCCGUGAAGGCCAAGCGAGGACUCUCCCUGGGAUUGGGAUACCACGCCCCACUGCUGACACACUCGCAUUACGUGUCCGCCCCAACGGUUGUGCACCACGCCCCCAUAAUAUCGCAUGCGCCGCUCAUCUCGCAUGCACCGCUCAUUGCCCACGCCCCCCUGAUCGCCCACCAUCCGGUGUCCUCGGUGUCCUAUCACCUGCCCACCUACCACUCCAUACACCACUUUUAAUCAGAUCCGACGAUGCGUGAGCAGCAACAGCAAUAGCAGCGCACUGGAAUCCUCAAAUACUGCAACACCAUUCCCAGAAAUUCGUAUUUGCAUCGGUCCCUUCUUCCUGGAAAUCCCCAACAACCAAACGCUUGUGUAAAUAUACGUAAAUAUGAUAUGAAUAUAAACAUUUUUGCCUGGUUUAAA